AUGGACAUGCUUGUGUAUGUUAGUGUAUUUGUAGCCCCUCUCUUCUUCAUAUUCAUCCACCUAUGGAGGCACAAUAGAAAUACACCUACCCCAAAAUGGCCCAUUAUAGGUAUGCUAUCUGGGGUUUUGCGCAACCUGUCCAAUAUCCAUGAUUAUACAACCACGAUUUUGAAAUAUCAUGGAGGUACUUUGAAGUUUGAAGGACCCUGGUUCUCAAACAUAAACUUUGUCCUUACCAGCGAUCCUAUGAAUGUGCACCACAUUACUAGUAAGAAUUUUGGCAACUAUGGGAAAGGGUCUGAGUUCCAUGAGAUUUUCGAAGUUCUGGGAGACGGGAUUUUUAAUUCUGACUUCCAGAAAUGGAAGUAUGAUAGAGCCAUACUUCAUUCAAUGUUUAAGAAUGACAGUUUUGAGAGCCUCCUUCAACAGAUUAUUCAGAAGAAGCUAGAAACUUGCCUACUUCCGUUUCUUAAUCAUGCAUCCAAAACAGGAAGCCAUGUGGACUUGCAAGACAUCUUUCAAAGGUUCACCUUUGACAACAUCUGCUCCAUGGUAUUAGGCUUUGAUCCUAGCUGCCUUCCAAACAAGUUCAUCGAGUUCUCAGAGGUUGCUUAUGAGAAAGCCUUCAACAAAAUGGAGGAUGCAAUCUUCUACAGACACGUAGUUCCAAGAUGUUUAUGGAAGCUGCAGAAAUGGCUCCAAAUUGGACAGGAGAAAAAUUUCAACAAAUCCCAAAAGAUUGUUGACCAAUUCUUGUAUGAACGUAUAACAUCCAAACGUGAAGAGAGAAGGAAUCAUGCCAAAGUGGAUGGAUCAAGCUUUGACAUGCUAAAAGUUCUUAUGGAGACAAGCGGAAAGGAACAAACAAAUGACAAGUUUUUGAGAGACACUGCAAUUAAUCUCCUAGCAGCAGGAAGGGACACAAUCAGCGCAGGUCUCACCUGGUUCUUCUGGCUUGUUUCAACUCACCCACUUGUGGAAGCCAAAAUUCUGCAAGAAAUCAGAGAAAACUUCAUAACCGAAAAAGAAAAUUGGCUAGCUUCUGGUGUGAAAGAGCUAGAUAAGCUAGUUUACCUGCAUGGAGCUAUAUGUGAAGCCUUGAGACUUUUCCCACCAGUGCCUUUUGAGCACAAGUGUGCCAUCAAAUCUGAUAUUCUUCCUAGUGGUGAUCGCAUUAGUCCAAACACAAUGGUGUUGUACUCUCUAUACUCAAUGGGAAGGAUGGAACAAACAUGGGGAAAAGAUUGCUUGGAAUUUAGGCCUGAAAGAUGGAUUUCAGAAAAAGGAGGGAAUAUAUAUGUACCCUCUUACAAGUUCAUAACGUUUAAUGCAGGGCCCAGAAGUUGUUUGGGUAAAAAUAUCAGCUUUGUUCAAAUGAAGAUAGUUGCCAUUGCCUUGUUGUGGAAUUUUAAAGUGCAAGUUGUUGAAGGCCAUCCCGUGACCCCAAGUGUUUCUGUUGUGCUUCACAUGAAACAUGGCUUGAAGGUUAGGGUUAAAAAACGAUGCAUUGAUGACGAGUGUUCCAAAUGA